GAGAAAGUAAAUUAAACCCUCGGAUUCAUUGCUCGUUCCAAUCCUUAGCGUAUGACGAUCAAUUAAUACAAAUGGUCUUCAUAGAAAAUUUAAAUAGAAUUUAUUAGCAUCAAGAAAAAUGCAACCGAAAAGAUACUGAUGCAUCAUGAAAUGAGAGUCCACGUUAUUCAAACAAAAGUUUUUUUACCGAACAAAGUUUUAUGAUAAAAUUCUGAAAAAUGGUUCAAACGAAUGUUUUUCGUUGAUUUAAUGAACACUUUUGUUAUCUGCUUGGCACACAUUUAGACAACACUUUUUUGUUGUGAAAAAAUAUUUAUCCUGAGUAGUAGGAGAUGAAUUGAUACGUAUGUAUCAUGAUGUUUCAAUAAUAAGUAUUUGAAUUUAUAAACAAGUAGACCCAUGCGUUUGGUAAUCAACAAUUUACAAAUACUUUGAAUAAUUCAAACAAAUUUUUUUAUCUGACGCCCGAGGUAUGGAAAAAAUCUACUGUAUGGCACGAAAGAAGAUCAAUUAUCUACAACAUACAUAUACUCUUGCUUGUGCUGUUCCGCCGAGUUAAAACAAACAAGAUAAUGAAAUUUCUAUUUAUAACACGAGAAAAAAGAUUGAAUCUUCCCUUCGGUCGACGAUUAAAGUGCGUUAUAAAGUUUGGCAUUUAAUAUUGGAGUUGAACGCAAAAUUUUUGAAUUUAAAUUUUCGAUUGCAGUUCGAAAGAGAGAGAGGGGAUAUGCAGCGUGAAGUUUGUUCAGAAUCCGCAACUGACUUCGGUAUGCUUCCUGACAGUAGUUCGAUCGCGUAUACACGGCGUACGGGAUAGAGGACUUAGGUUGUGGGCUGUUACGGGUGUUACGCGUCUGUUACUGUGAAUUACAAAUGUCACGUCUCUGAACUGUGACGGUGUUUAGCUCCCACUUCUUGAUUCUUAUUCAUGAACUUUUUAUAAGAGCCUAAUUGUAAUACAUUUAUUAUCAUGCCAGGAUGUCAAACUACCGUGGGAAUACACAUACUCAUAGGCAACCGGUGAUAGAUUAUGAUCGCCAAUUUCAAGAGGACUUGGAACGGGCACAGGCCCUCAGCUUGGAAAGUUUGGCGCUAGAAAAAUUUAGAUUACAAAAAGAACAGCUGGAAUAUACUGGCCAUGUUCGGCGGACCUAUGAUUUGCCACAUGGCAAGCACAAUAAUAGCAACGAUAAUAGCAUUGCAACUGAGAUUGAUGGGGCACCUAGCAGCGAUGGGCUUCUCUUGAGAAGUCGCCCUAGGCCAGGAUCAUUCAAUACCGGUCAACCAAGAACUAUGGCUAUAAUUGCGCCUCCACCUCCGGUUCCAUACAGAAGAAAUUCGUCUACAUCUGGAGGUCCAAGUCGAGGAUCUACAACUGAUUUAAUUAAUUUUACAAGUCCCAUAAAACAAGAUGGUCUUGGUCCGUAUUGUACACCACCACCUCCUCCACCUAAACCUUUGCUAUUCAGUAAAGCACCAAUCGAGCCAAAAUGGGACAACCAUCCCUCUUUGAUGAAAAGAGUUCCAAGAGUAUCUCGUAGUAAUAGCUCUGCAAGCUCCCAUCAGUCUCGAGCCUUGAGAUAUCACUCUCCAUCACCAGGACCAAGUUCAUCAUCUCCUUUAUGCACACCUGGAACACCUAGUACCCCUGGUAUUAGUCCUGUAAUGCCCAGAUCAAGCAGCAUUAAUAGUAAUCCAUCGGAUAGUAUUCCACAGAUUCCUCCUCUACCAGCAAACUAUCGUUCAUGUGCAAGCCCAUCAGUAUCCGGCGUUUCAACUCCGACAUUUGCUGUGGACAUCAGGCAGCUAGAUGUCCUUAAAGUAAUAGAGAAAAAACCAAAUGGUAAUCUGAUAGACUUGAGUACGUUCGAUCAAAACGAGGAUAAAGCUAAUGUCAGAGUUAGCGUUCUUGAGGCCUUUGACCCACUACUUGUAAAGACUGAAGUGAAUGAUGACGCCAGUAUGGCAGCUAAGGAUGGUAACAAGUCCAUAGAACAAGAUACAGAAUCGCAACUUAGUGGAUCAGUGUACGAUCCUUUCGAUCCAUUCGACUACAUGUAUAGUACAAAUGAAAGUGUGAAUUCGGAUCCAGUUUAUGCUGCUGUUGAAAAAUCUGCAAAAUCACCCGCAAUAUCCCCAGCAGCACCUCCCCCACUUCCACCAAGAAACUCAUCUGCAUGGAACACCAUUGAAAGACGACGAACGUCAUUGGAUCGUCGUCAAAAGAGACACACUCGGCUUUAUGAAAAUAUUACAGUAGUUAAAGCCAGAGCAUCGCUACAUGAUUGUGACCUCAAAGCCUUUCAUCAAAUGAUUAAAUCAGUCAGAAGUGAAUUCCCAUUCAAUAACCCUAGUACAAAUAUCGGUCAUAUAGUCAGCUCUAUGAUGGAAAACAUGUACCCGGAUGGGACCAGUAUAAAGAUUGUCGUACACCCGCAAAUUCCUACUGACAGUGAAGGACCAAUUGCACCAAUCUCUUUUACUUGCGAUGUGAAUUGUAGUGUUGAACACGUUAUACUGAAUGUAGCAUGCACCUUAGAUGACGACGAUACAGUUAAUGUGGAUAAAUAUUGUUUGAGAGUCUUGGGAUUGGCUGAAUACCUCUGUCCAAACACAACUUUAGCUCAGUAUGAAUAUGUACACCAGUGUAUCAAGUUAGAAAAAGACAUCGAAUUGGCGAUUGUUACCAGAAGGCAAUUGAAACGAUCCCUUGCUAGAACACUACAAGACGAUAAUCGGGAUCAAUGCUUGCGGUUGGAAGAAAUUCUACCCAAUGAACCUGUUCAGCCAAUAUCCUAUGACACGUUAAUUAUUUUGUUAGAAACUGUAGAAAAAGAGAUGGAACGUGUCGAAGCAACUGCUCUACAAAUGGCCACAGCUGAACAUAUUUCUAGUCUAUUCUCGCAAUUCAAGCCCCGUGGCGUUCUCCAGGCAGUGAAAGCAGUCUGUGCCUUGAUGGGUAAUAUAGAAACUGUGGAAAUAACGGAAGCCGUUGACAAUUUUGUACAUGCUUUUUGCCAGUUCUUGCCAUCAGCCCACACAGCGAAUAAUGAGUGUAAAAAACCUGAUGCCUUGCACGAAGAAGGAGAUUACUCUCCUGUAGCAUUAAGAACCAAAUUUCCAGAAGUGAUAGCCUCAAAUUGUCAUACAAUUCGAGAUGCUAUCCAAGAUCUAGUUGAAACCUAUUGUCACGCAUUUCGAGUUGAUUUUCAAUUAAAUACCAGAGGAGAAAAUCCAACGACUACGUUAGAUUCAUCUGAAGUCAUUGAUACAGUUCUUGUCAGAGUCUGCGCACUCCACAGAUUGCCAAGUACUUGGAAACAUGAUGACUAUAUAAUCGCUGCUCAAAUAUUCCAUGGAACUAGACCUGUUGGCCAAGCAGUUGUCUCUGAACCCAUGGCAAUUAGCUCAAGCUUUUACCCGAGAGUUUUAUUCAAUGCUUGGCUUGAAUUUCAUGGAAUAAGUGUAUGCCAAGUACCAAGAGAGGCUCGACUAGUUCUAGUAGUCUAUGGUCGAACUAUGCAACCUACUGAACACGAUGCUUCCUCUUCAGCUGAAGGCUCAAUGCAUAAGGAAGAGCUCGGCUGGGGAGCGCUUCAAUUUUGCGAUUAUGAAGGAGUAAUGAGUCAAGGUAGCUAUUUCCUCACUUUGUGGCCACCCAAUGCAGAUAAGAGAUUAGGACCUGCUCCAGCACCUGGAAUCCAUCCACAUGGUAAUGUUCAGCCAAUAAUCGGACUAGAGCUGCCAGACUAUGGUGGAAAAGUAUUAUUUCCAACGGAACUUCGAGAUCACGAUGUUAAAUCUCUCGAUUUCAACUCGCUGGAUCAUAAUACCCAAGAAUUGCUCAUAGAUAUAACACAACAAGACACAUUCUUCAGGCCUCCUUUGGAAGAAAGAGAGAUCUUAUGGGAAAAGAGACAUUAUUUACACGACAGACCCGAAGCAUUACCUAAAGUAUUGCUUGCAGCACACAGUUGGGAUUGGGCUUGUUUGCCAGACUUACAUGCCUCUUUACGAGUUUGGCAUUCUUUACCACCAGUUCAAGCAUUACAGUUACUCCUACCCUGUUUUCCUGAUAUGAAAGUCCGAGAAAUGGCAGUAAGCUGGAUUCGUGAUCUAACUAGCGAUGAACUAAUAGACUAUCUCCCGCAACUGUUGCAAGCUCUGAAACAUGAGACGUACGAAGCAUCUCCUCUAGCCCGUUUUCUUCUUGAACGAGCACUUCUGUCUCCUAGUGUCGCUCAUCACAUCUACUGGCUCUUGACCCAAUCACUACCGGGCCAGAGUCCACAGAAUUCUACCGAUGGGCAUGGAGAAGAUGAUGGUAGCAACGUUAGUGCCUUUCGCUACCAUAGAAGAUUACAAUUAAUGCUGCGAGCUUUGUUAGCUGUAGUUGGAGAUGCUCUGAGGAACAGUUUUCUUACACAGCAAUGUCUAGUCAAGAAUCUUCACGAGGUAGCCGAAAAUAUUAAAACUACCAAAGAUUCCUUAAAAAUGGAGGUCCUCAAAAAUGGCCUACAAAAUAUCAACAGUCAACUAAUGCUAAACGAGGGGACAUGCUUACCUUUAUCGCCGAGUAUAGAAGUAUUCGGAAUUAAUGUCCAAACUUGUUCUUAUUUUCCAUCAUUUACCUUGCCUCUGAAGAUCAGUUUUGUCAGUAGAGACAAUGCGAUCAUUCCUGCGAUUUUUAAGGUUGGUGACGAUUUACAACAAGACAUGUUAACUCUUCAAAUGGUCCGUAUAAUGGAUAAACUUUGGCUAAAAGGUGGUCUCGACUUGAAAAUGGUUACCUUUGCUUGUGUUCCAACUGGACAUAAGCGGGGAAUGAUCGAAAUGGUCACUAACGCUGAAACUUUACGGAAAAUUCAAGUGGAAUUCGGUUUGACCGGCUCGUUCAAAGAUCGACCAAUUGCGGAGUGGUUGGCUAAACACAAUCCAUCUGAAUUGGAAUAUGAAAGAGCAGUAGCCAAUUUCACCGCUUCUUGUGCUGGAUAUAGUGUGGCGACAUACAUUCUUGGAAUCUGUGAUAGACAUAACGACAAUAUAAUGCUCAAGACAUCAGGGCAUCUGUUUCAUAUUGAUUUUGGCAAGUUUUUAGGGGAUGCUCAAAUGUUCGGAAACUUCAAAAGAGACCGCACGCCCUUUGUGUUAACGUCUGACAUGGCAUACGUUAUAAACGGUGGUGACAAACCCUCAGCAAAAUUCCAUCAUUUUGUGGAUUUGUGCUGUCAAGCGUUCAACAUUGUUCGAAAACACAGCAACUUGAUUCUCCAUUUGUUCGGACUGAUGGCUUCUUCUGGCAUCCCUGGUGUUACAAUGGAUGCAGUAAAUUAUGUCCAAAAAGCUUUGCUUCCCGGCCAAACAAAUCCGGAAGCUGCUGCAACUUUUGCUCGAAUGAUUGAAAGCUCACUCAAGAGUUGGUUUACACAGUUCAACUUUUUCCUUCACAACUUAGCACAACUCAGAUUUUCUGGUGAACAAAAUGAUGGUGAAUUACUAUCAUUUAUUCCUCGUACAUACACAAUGCUACAAGAGGGCCAAUUGACAAGUGUACAAGUCUAUGGAUACCAAAAACGCUAUGAUCCAGAAAAGUACUACAUGUACAUAUUAAGAAUUGAAAGAAAGGGACACGCUGAUCCUACUUACCUGUUCCGUUCCUAUAAAGAGUUCUGUGAAUUAUACCAAAAGCUAUGCAUUCACUUUCCUCUUGCUAAAGUUGCCGGCCUUCCAAGUGGGAUAAGCGUUGGACGUUCCAACAUCAAACAAGUGGCAGACAAGCGGCGUGCAGAUAUUGAAAAGUUUCUUCAGAGCUUAUUUAAAAUGGCACCAGAAAUAUCGCAGAGUGAUUUAGUUUACACAUUUUUCCACCCACUUCUUCGUGAUCAACAAAAUGCCGACAUCCAUCUACGGAAAGUCAAAGUUGGAAAUUGGUGGGCUGAAAAAAAAAUUCGCGAGGAUGGACAGAUGGGACAAAUAAAACUUUCUUUACACUACACACGAGGAGCCCUUUCAGUCAUGAUCCAUCACGCCCGUGGUCUACCAAAGGUUGCAAAUGCUCAGGAACCUAAUACUUAUGUGAAAGUGUAUCUAAAACCAGAUCCAACAAAAGCAACCAAACGAAAAACAAAAGUUGUUAAAAAGAACUGCCAUCCAUCUUUCAUGGAAAUGCUUGAGUACAGAAUGCCAAUUGAGGUAAUCAAGGAUCGUACAUUGGAGGCAACAAUAUGGAAUCACGACACCCUUCAAGAAAAUGAAUUUCUCGGUGGCAUCCGACUGCCACUAACGCGCUUAAAUCUCACAAAUGAAACUAUUGAGUGGUUUCCGUUGGGCAGUGUUCGCUGAUUUAUGAAGGUAACAAGAAUAUAAUGGAGUAAUCAUAUGGAUUUAUACGAAUUUUGAUAAAAGUUAAUGUUUAAGAUAUCGAAAGAAACGCGCAUGGGUAAUGAUACAAUUGUCUAAUUCAAAACUAUACUAAUCGUUGAAACUAAUUAUAAGAAUUGAAAAGUGAUAAUGAUUACGUUUCAAUUUAGUGUUGAACUUGCAAGGUAUGAAUUAAAAUUAUUGACCAAUUCAUUGUAGCUAUCUUGUUGGCGGAUAGAAUUCUUUGCAUUGCCCAACUAGAAAGUAUCUUAACUUUCAAAGGAAGUAUUUCGUCAUUUUACAUCCACAUGCAAUGCGUUCCAGUACAAUUAUUUACAUUUAUUAUCUCUUCAUCCAUGUGAAUCAAAGCGAUUGUUGAAUAACACGAAGAAAUUUGUGAAUAUUAUAUUGCACAAACUAGGGCUACCUAUUUUAAUAUUUGCUACUGUGGAGUCUUUUUUGUCAAUACCUUAUUUAUUUGAAGUGUGCAUGUAGAUAUGCACGUACAUGUACAUGUAGAUGAAUUCGUGCAUACUAAAAAAUUAUUGUGAUCAAUUGUAAUUGUACAUAGAAAAAUUUUCCAUAUACUGCCGAUUCAGAAUGUACUGAACGAAGUUUUUAUCUAUUAUCCACAUCACAUUACAAGUUGAACUUGCGUAUCAAUUUUACAAGUCCAUUCUUUGGUGUGAACAAUUGUCAUAUAAAUUAUACAUACAUAAUAUCCAUUUAUGAAGAAAUUUACUUAUAUGUAUACAUCCAAAAUAUUUCAUUUAUGUAGCAGUUCCUAAGGUGAUGUGAUAAGAAUGAGUAAUAGUUUUUGCUAAUCUUUUUUUUAUUGCUCUGAUUAUUUGAUACAGAAUAUGCGUUGUAAUUCAUUAAUGCACCACAAUUGUAAUGUAUGAACCAUUUCACCUGGAACAGCGAAACGGAUGUGAUCAACACAGAAAAAUGAGUGAUAGAUUAUAAGAACUCGUUUAGAGAAUUGAGUGAACGAGAUUGACGAGCCUAUCCGCAUCACGAAAUUAUGUCAUUAAUAUUUUGUAACAAUAUCGUCGUAAAUGCUUACGGGAUUCCCGGUAAAAUAUCUGUAUAAGUAAUUAAGUUUAUUGUCUGUUUUUCUCAUUUAAAAAUGCGAUCUUCAGUUUAUUAUGUUCUUUUUCCAUGUACACUUAAAAAGUGGAUGUUAGCACUUUUAUGUUUGAUCGAUUUUGAUCAUUGAUUAUGUAUACGUCUAAUUAUGUCUAAUUUAUUUUUUAUUUUUUCCAAUCACUGAUAUCAAUGUAUUCAACUCUAGACUAAACCGAAUCUAAAUAUGAUCAGACUGAUGGGUGCCUAUCGUAAUAACUGUAACGGUCUUUGCACGUUCUUGGGUAUUUUUUACCCGUGCUCUUCACAAGAAAUGAAUCAUUCACAUCUAUUAACUGGGGAUGAAAUUUACAAAAUUAUACAGCUAAUUAUUUCGCAUAAUUGAAAAAAAAUAUAUAUAUUCCAAAUAAAUAAAUGUUUUUGUUAAUUGA